AUGGGACAACCCCAGCAACAAGCCGCACCAACUGGAGGUUCCAGGAAGAUAUCGUUCAAUGUGUCCGACCAGUACGAUAUUCAAGAUGUCAUCGGCGAAGGAGCUUAUGGCGUUGUCUGUUCUGCCCUCCACAAGCCCUCUGGCCAGAAAGUUGCCAUUAAGAAGAUCACACCGUUCGACCACUCCAUGUUUUGCUUGCGUACGUUACGAGAAAUGAAAUUGCUACGAUACUUCAAUCAUGAGAACAUCAUCUCCAUUCUUGAUAUCCAAAAGCCACGAAAUUACGAAUCUUUCUCAGAAGUGUAUCUCAUUCAGGAAUUGAUGGAAACGGACAUGCAUCGUGUGAUUAGGACACAAGAUCUCUCUGACGACCACUGUCAGUACUUCAUCUAUCAGACCCUACGCGCCCUCAAAGCGAUGCAUUCUGCAAAUGUUCUGCAUCGGGAUCUAAAACCUUCGAACCUUCUACUCAACGCCAAUUGCGAUCUGAAAGUCUGCGACUUCGGUCUGGCUCGAUCUGCAGCCUCGACCGACGACAACUCCGGCUUCAUGACUGAAUAUGUCGCGACAAGAUGGUAUCGUGCUCCGGAAAUCAUGCUCACGUUCAAAGAGUACACCAAAGCGAUUGACGUGUGGAGUGUUGGAUGCAUUCUCGCAGAGAUGUUGAGUGGGAAGCCUUUAUUUCCAGGCAAAGAUUACCACCAUCAACUCACCUUGAUCUUGGACGUUCUCGGAACUCCGACUAUGGAGGAUUACUACGGGAUCAAGUCAAGACGUGCGCGCGAGUACAUCCGAUCCCUGCCUUUCAAGAAGAAGAUCCCACUCAAGGCACUCUUCCCCAAGACAUCAGAUCUCGCCCUGGAUUUGCUGGAGAAACUGCUCGCUUUCAACCCGGUGAAGCGCAUCACCGUCGAAGAGGCCCUGAAGCACCCGUAUCUCGAGCCCUAUCACGACCCAGAUGACGAACCCACAGCUGACCCGAUCCCGGAAGAAUUCUUCGACUUUGAUCGCAACAAGGACCAGUUGAGCAAGGAAGAACUGAAAGCGCUGAUUUGGAACGAGAUCAUGCGAUGA